AUGUCAUCGUCAGUCUUAAUCGUGAUCAUUUCAGAUGAACAACAACAACAGCAACAAAAGCCGGAGGAACCCGCAGCGAAAACUACCGAGGCGAAUGAAAUUCUGCCCAAGCCAGAUGACAAGCCUCAGGGACCGAUCCUUCCGAAGCCAGAAGAGAAGCCUCUACAGCUGGCUACCGAGACAAAUGAAAUUGCGCCGAAGCCGGACGAGAAGCCUCAGGAACCGAUCCCGCCAAAGGCGGAGGAAAAGCAUCAGGAACCAACUGUGCCCAAGACGGAAAACAAGCCUCAGGAACCAGUCCCGUCCAGAGCGGACGACAAGCCCCAGGAACCAAGCGUGCCCAAGCCGGACGACAAGCCUCAGCAACCCAGCCAGAACGCAGUAGACUCACGGCCUCCAGUUUCUGAUGAAAAGCCUGCAAUUAUCUUCGAGGAUAUCCACAAAACAAUCGAGGAUAUCGAUCAACUUCCUCCACCUCCAGAACUACCUACCGGAGGAGACGCGUUCUUCAGGCUUGCACGGAAUGUGGAAAGUGUUAUCAUCGGUGAAGGUAUUGUGAAGUAUGUAACUGGAUCUUUGGUGCUGCCUGACAAAACGAUUAAAAUCCAUCCUGCGAGGAAACAAGAGUUCCAAUUUACCCACAAGGAACACAGGCUGAUGCUUGUCGAUAUCGAGGAGGGGCAAUCAAAUUGGUGUCGAUAUAUAUUCAAAUUUACUGUCGAUCUUCAGUACGUUGCUAAGAUUGAAGCUCACUGCCGGUGGGACAGUAGACCGAAACUACCAUCGUCUUCUGAGAGUUACACUGACAUGCUCGCGUUCGCCGUCGUCGGCCCCAUUACUCAAGUACUCGUCGUGGAAGGUAACAAAAAUUACGUGUUGAUGUUCUCGGUGCGCGAUUCAGAAGUGGUCGAUCGCCGUCGCAUAGCUCUCUGUCAGAGACCAGGAGCGUUGGCUAGAGACGAAGCAGGACGUCUUUUCGUGGCAAAUCGUGCGGCAGCAGCUAUUCAGCUGGUCGAUACUGUUCGAUGGGUGUCAGCUCGUAACGUCGCUCUUGCUGAUGCUAUGGUACCGCAUUUCUCCGCCUCAUGGGGCCUUUUGGCCAUACCUUUGAAAGGAGCGAUUCGACUACAUCGGUAUUCAUUUCGAUUCGGUGUAAAUAAAUGA